GAGUCAUAAAAUUCUCCCUCUUUCCGAAUAUCUCUCUUCUCUUCUCCCCUUCAACAAAGUGCAGAAAGCGCUGGCGCUUCCCAAUUUUAUUCAACAAAGUACCAGUUACGACUCAUGACUACAAGUAUCACGGUCAUAGAGUCUUCUUCAGUGCAGACGUGUAGUUUGACACUCGAUCCAUCGGUUAAGCAGCAAGAAACGGACGUAGAAUCCAUGUCUAGCUUUGACGAUGAUCAUCAUGGUGCUACUCCAUCUUGGUUAUUGACGCCUCCGCGUAGCGUUGAGCAUUCGCCCUCCAUGCCAUCCACUACGAACGUGAUAGCUCCUGAUGAUAUGGCCAAAUUAUGCUUGCCUAGCCCAUCCAUCGACCCGCAAAUCAAUGUUACCAAACCCCAAGUACAAUAUGAAUCUUCUGAAAUCGCCCUCGUUCCAAAUUGCCCUUCCGAUAAAUUGAUCAGCACAGCCAACAGCGUAGCCAACGUGUUGGCAGCUGUGGUUGCCACUGCUGCCGUCAAGGGGCCUAUUUCACCUAUCGUAGCGCUAUCUACUAUGCAACACCGCGGGGCCAACCCCAACCAUAGCAACACGAACACGACUACUUCAUCUUCUGAAGUGCCGCCUAAAACAUGCCUCACGAAUACCGUCGCCAAAAAAUGUUUCAAGAAACCCACGCCUAAAUCUGGCAACGACGAUUUCGAUCAACCCAAUAACUCAGCUGCUUCACUGGAACCCACUGUGGAAAUCAGGAAUGGGGUUGAGUGGGUUAGCUUUGUUUACUCUAACAACCGCACUUUAAAGCGAUACACCUGUCGAACCGACUUGGACUCUGUAAAUAUUGUUGAUAUGGAUGAAGACUUUAAAAGUGCCAAUUGUGUGUAUCCAAGAGCAAAUAUAGCGCGCGAAGAAUACCAUGGUAAUCGAUGGGCUUAUGAGAACGAAUGCAACCAAUUAGGAUGGAAGUUGGCUUGGUUGAACGUUGAAGAAAUUGCUGGCAAACGUGGCUUAAUUCAACGUGCAGUUGACUCUUACCGAAAUCGAUGCCCAAGUAUGCGAUCACGCCGGGUCGCACGACAGGCUAAACUCAAUAACGGGACACUGCGAAAGCGCAAGAGCAGGGACGAAGAUGACGACGAUAAGGCAGUGCUACCUUAUGAGCCUACAACAUCACCCGACAUGGGCAGCCCAGAAAAAAUACCACGUAUACAAACAGCAGCCGCUACCACCACCGCCAACUCGACCAUCACUGAAAGGCAUCCCAAGACAUUUACCAUUGAUGAUCCAGCCACGAGUUCGCGAUGUAGAAUCCGUAUCAAUAUCGAAUCUGUAGAUAUGACAGAGAUUGAAGACAGCUUCAAGACACAGAAUUCCGUGUACCCAAGGGCAUUGAUCGGCCAUAAUUCAACCCUGCCUGGUAGCCACGCAAAAUGGCAACAAGAAAAUGAGUGUAACGAACUGGGUUGGAAAUUGGCGUGGCUCAAUUCAAGACAGUUAGCUGGCAAGAAGAACCUCCUCCAAAGAGCUUUAGAUAUAUAUCGUACCAAGUUCUGCGGUCAUUUGUGCCCUAGAAAGGCUUCUUCACGCGUUGCCCCGGUGGCUAGAGUAUCACAACUGCCCUCGCCUACUCCGCUGACGGUAGCCGCUUUGGCUGCUCAGAACAAGCACUAUGCUCAAUUAUCAGAGAGUGGAACGAUCCAUCCCGUAGAUCAAAUGUCUUCCUCCAGUAGCUCUACGGAUACCCUGGAUUUCGGAGACUGCUUUGAUGCAUCGGAUCUCUUCUCGUUCGAUGCCCCCAGCUCAGCUUCGGUGGAUGACCCCAUGAUGGUCAAAUUGGAAGAAGACCCUAUAGAUUUCUUAUCGCUCGAAGAAUCUUCUAGCAGCACCACUGGCAACAGUCCGUCCACCUUGGCCUUCGACAUGACGGAAGACGCGCUCAAUGGAAUGUCAGCAUUCGGCAUGAGCUAUAUGGAUGAAGCCCUGUUAGAACAAAGCUUCUUGACCAACCCCAUGGCAAAAGACAUUGCCAACGACAUAGACACUUUUAUAGAUGGAACAAUGGAUACAAGCUUAAGUGACGGUUAUGCCAAUGACAUUUUACUUCAACAAAUGUUCUACUAGGGUACCUCUGGGUGUUUCUCUCCAUCGAAGAUCCACGCACACAAAAAAAAACCACCUUCCCCAGUCGUAAUUUUGUAAUUACCUUGUUAUUUUUUCAUUUUAUUCGUUCGUUCGUUCACUGUCCCCACCCCACCUUUACAGAAAACCAAAAAAACAAUAUCCUUUCGUUCUUUUUGCUUCAUACACUCUUAUAAAUACACCCUCAUCCACACUCUGUUAUGUAAAUCAGCCAGCUCCCCUUGACAUGCUCUCUCCAUUGGAGAAUGCAAACAAUGGUGCCACCCAACAUUCCCCCCAAAAAAAAACACUCACUCAAUAUUAUGUAUAAGGAAAAAUCAGCCAAGAAAUAGUGUAUUUCCAAUCUAUUUAUU